AGCAGAUGAGCUCCAUCACAAUCAAACCUCACAUUUGAUGAUAUCUCACAGACCUUCAGGGACCGAAUGAGGAGGAUGGUCAGAUCUAUCGUUCCCCUGUUGUCUUUCUCGUCUCAAGACUCAUGCGCCCGGCUCUUCUUCGAUUACUGAAGAGGCCGUCAGCUCUUUCGGUUCUCGACUCCCUGAUCUCAGCGCCCGCCGGAGUGGAACAAUUGGAGCUUAGACGCGAUCAAAGAUGCCUGCGAUGUUUUUCAAGAAGUGCUCGACAAAAGCAGCCCACUUAUACUGUCCAUCCAGAAAAUACCGCUUCCAGCGAAUAUCCCUCUCAGUCAACAAGGCGAACACCGAGCUUCCGAAUCCACAAUAUCAAAGCUCCGAAGACGCAAGCAGAGCACUGCGUUGAAUCUGGUGAACAACAGGUUGCUGCGAAUAAGGGUCUAUCGCUAUUUCGAAUACAAACAGAAAAGCUAGAAUUCGAGUCGGAUAUUGGGCAUACACGCGACAUUGGAACUCGUCUCGUGGACGACCCGCUUUAUCGGAAUGAUUUCGAUCUUUGGGUUGAGCUAUUACGCUAUCGUCAGCGGCACUAUGGAGAUCUAGGAACAAUGGUCAUUUGGGAGGCUCUGACAGAUCGCUUGGACGAUGUGCAACUCCCGGUGGAUGGAGACGUGGCCGAAUUUCUCUGGCAAAGCUUUAUCAACGUCGGUUUCAAGCGAAAUGUCGUGAUGGCUGAGCUGGCUGAGUAUGCACGUGAACUUUGGGAUAGAAGCGGGAAACGGUGGCCCAAAUUCUACGAAAGCGUCGUUGGCGGUUUCAUCGAACGCGGGAUGAUCCAUGAGGCUGAGGCAUGGCACCGAAAACUUCGAGAUCCGCACCUCGCAUGUCCGAAUGACAUCCUGCGCGUUCUCAGACCGGGGAUCCCUGUUCAACAGUCUACUCGUGCAGCAGCUGGUCUGAAAAGCCCUGACGCUCAGGGCUUUCUACCCAGCCUAUCGGCGUUUCGCAAUGUUUGCCGGUCGAUACAAGGUCACCAGAUCUAUGUUCCCACAAUAUCUGCCCUGCUUCAGCAUGGUCUUCCUGCACAAGAAAUGGUACUUAUGCACUUAUUCUUGGUCGGCAAAGGCGACCAUCCCCGGUCCUACAGAGAAAUAGAGCCAUUGAUUCACAGUGCCGAAAAGCGUGGUCUACAAUCAUUUCGGCAGAAGCUAAGGGCCUAUGUCAAUAGUCGAUUUCCCGGUGAGACUGAGAAAGUUGAGAUCAAAGACUCCGAGAUCGAGGACUCUCAACAAGAUCUUUUGCAUGAAGAGAAACCCGUCAAGGACGAAAUUGGCGCACGCAUCUUUGCUACGGACGCGCUGAAAUUUGAGCUCAUUCUCUCCGGGCUGAAGAUGUUUGGCGCUACCUCGAUUGGGCCGCAGUCUCUACGAGAAUUAGCAUUAAGAGCGCAUGGCAGCCGUGAUAUAUUGGAGAAACUCCGACUUCUACAGGAAGCCGGUGUUUCCAUCGGAGACUCAGUUUUCUCUCGCCUUGUCCGCAAACUGGCUACGGAAAAUCGGGGUAUUGUUUUGGCAGACUUACUCCGAAGUGACCAGCAUCCUGACGUGCUCGAAGAUGCGCGUAUCCAAGAAUCACUAUUAUUGGCUUACUACCUUAGUCAUGACUGGCGGCUCUACAAUUUGACCCUGGUUAUCCUAGGCGAGAUAGUCGAUGAAGGUUCUGAUAUGUUCAAUAUUCAUUUUCGGAAACACAUGGCCGCUGGUGAGUGGGCUUUGGCGUCAAAAGUGGUCGAUGAAUUAGCUUUACGUGGAAAGCCCCUCACAACAAGAAGCAUCGACUUUAUGAUCAGACAUGCUUUGACGCCACGACGGCCUGGGAAUGGACCGGUGCGAACUUCAGAUCGGUCACCAAAAACCGAGGUUCUGUUCGUCUUGCGUGUGCUACAGCGCAUCAUCCCCUUGGGUGCGAUCGUAAGUUCCAGGCUCUGGAUUGAGCUAAUCAAAAGAUUGGGCCAGACAGAUUGCUGGAUUGAACUCCGGAGGUGUUGCCUUUGGCUGGCUAAUCAAUACUCUCCCUCCGUGCCGCAGAAGAACACACCUAUGGACAUCGUAUCAUCAACCAGUGCAGCACAAACUGGCCUUGCUCCUUCAAACUCGGGACAAGAUCCUCACAUUCUCCGGACAAUAUUCAACCGUCAGCUCCAAGAAGCCCUCGUACAUUGGGGGUUCCGAAAGCGAGUCUCCUCAAAAUUCUAUCGCUGCAACCCAAACCAAUUGAUUCCAUGGGUAAGGGGUCUCGCCCUUCUACGUGAAUUGGAGCGCAGCGGGGUUGAUCUUCAGACAAGCUGCAUCAGGCGCGCGUGUCGGCACCGACUCGCUAUUGUCUUUGGACGGAAUCGACGGUCUAGCCGCCCUAUGAAUCGCAUGUUGCGACGAGAAAAUCCUUAUUCUCUGGAGAAGGUAUUUGGCGACAUCAGCCGUGUCUGGGGGGUGCCAUCAUUGUUCGGGGGCCGAGAGUACAUCGAUGUAUUUCGACUCAUUAAUCCACCGAGCUCCAAGAUGUCGUACCGCAGGACACGUAAAACCCUCUGGCGGGAGAGAACACUGCGGGGACCGGCUUUCAUCCAAAGCCGAUCAUAA